CUCUGAGCGGGAGGGUUACGUCCGACGAGCGUCCGAUGGGCACAAUACUUUUCUUUGUUGUACGGUAGAAUUCUUUGACUGCUUCGAUACUUGAGUUCGCGAGAUAAUAUGACAGUCGAUUAAAUGUGUAUAUCGUGUAUCGAGUGCGAGAUUGUUUGCAGAAACAACCUUGUUUGUCCAGCGUGAUUCACGCGGCGAACUUCGAAUUUUUUUUCGUGACUAAAGUGGACCGAGUGACUGACCGGUGUGAAGUGUCUCUCGAAGAGUGAGUGUAAAAUCACAAGGCUCGCAAAUUCUCGAAAUCAUGAGAGCGUUCCUUCGUUGCGUCGCAUUCGUCGUGACGAUCGCAGCGGUCGUCGUGUCAGAGCCCAACGACCUGUCAAAGCAGGUGACGAUCCUCAAGUGCUGUCGACACGGCGAGGAAUUGCAACGAUCGGAUGGCGAUUUGAACGACGGAUUACCGCACUGUGAGCCUACGUUGAACGAAUGGAAACCGCUGAUUUACUCGCCGAUGCGACAAAAUUUCUUCCAGAAAGUGCCGUCCGAGUGGCACGUCCUCGACGGCCGAAGACCGGAAUGCGACGAUCGCUCGGAGCUAAUCCACGUGCCCUACCGGAAAGCCAACCCAUUCGUCCUGCUCGACGAUGGGAAUGUGGUACUCGAGACCGGCAAUAGAGACACCUUACCCGUGAGCCAUUAUUGUGCCGAUUCGAACGCGCUAUUUGUGUGCAUGCAAAGAAAAACAACGGGCAAUCAUGCCGCCGCGACGAUGAGACCACGGGUACGACGAUGCUGCGGCGAGAACGCCACAUUCCACGAACACAAAAAUACCUGCGUUCAUUUAAAAGAGACUGCGGACGCACCGCCCCUUUUACCGAACGCGUCAUCUGUUGUCGAGAUCGUGGCUGGAUUUCCGACCUGCCCGAAAUCUGACAACUUCACGAUCCUGGGAGACGCGAGGGAUGCCGUAUUGCAGCCUGAUGGUGGUUUGGAGAUAAAUGGCAUCGCUUUGCCCACCGGUCAGUUUUGUGUCGAGAGAAUCAAGGAACUCAACCAGAUAGCCAAGGUGUUUGCCUGCCCGGAACAUGCGCCACAAAAACCUGCAGUGCGUGCAACGGACAUUAGGUUCACCCUAUAUCCCGUGGGCUUCAUCAUUAGCGCCGUCUUCCUGGCAGCCACCCUGGCAGCAGGUUGGUUGUUACCGGCCUCUCAUCACGUCUUGCAUUGGCGCUGUCAGACUCAUCACGUCGCCUGCCUGAUGAUGGGUGAUAUUCUUAUGGCCAUCAUUCAGCUCGCCGGGGAUUCCCUUCACGGUGCAAGCUGCAAGGCGCUCGCGAUCAUGGCACAUUUCUUUUUCCUGGCUGCUUUCUUCUGGCUGAACACGAUGUGCUUCAACAUUUGGUGGACGUUUAGGGAUUUGCGACCGGUUAGCCUGGAGAAAGGUCAGGAGACCCUCAGGCUCAGGGUCUAUGCCUGUUACGCCUGGGGUGGGCCCCUCCUGGUCGCCGGAUUGGCGGCCCUUCUGGACCAUCUCCCGUCUCAACCGCAAUAUACGUUCCUGAGGCCCCGCUUCGGCGAGAAGCAAUGCUGGUUCUACGGUGACAUGGAAAUCCUGGCGUACUUCUUUGGACCGGUCGGAGUGCUCUUGGCUGUAAAUCUUUUGUUUUUCGCUGUAACUGCCCGUGAAUUGACGUGCGGUCUCUGGAAAGGCGAAUUCGUGAAAAGCACCACUGAGAGGGCAACACUGGGCCGCAUAUGCAUGAAAUUGGUGAUCGUGAUGGGUAUCACCUGGGUGGCAGACGUGGUCUCAUGGGCGGUCGGCGGGCCGCAGUACAUCUGGUACUUCACCGAUUUAAUAAACGCCUUCCAAGGAGUGCUGAUAUUCGCGACGGUCGGUUGCCAGCCCCAGGUCAGAGCGGCGCUCAAGAGACUCUUCAGCAGAAAUCCGCAGACCAACGCCGGUAGGCAGGGAAAUGGUCACAGCACGACCAGUCACGGGAUGCCCAGCAUGGGCGAUAGCGUUACGCAGAAUCCGAGUACCAAGACGGCACCGUUGGAGACCAUCUGUUAGAAUUGUUUUUUCGCGGAAAGAGUCCAUCUUUCUCCCAAAGUCACACAAUGCUCAUACAUAUACACAAACACAUACUUCAUUGAAUGACACGAACUGUCACGUCGAUAUGGUUAACAUUUUCAUGAACAUAUUAAGUGUGAUAAGGCUUUUUCAUCCAGUGGGAUUACCAGAAAAGUCUUCAUUUUCAUUACACGUUGUAAACGAUGCAACAAGGUUUUAUCGUCAGAGAAUAUUUUUGCAGGAUCGAUUUGGCAACAAAAAAAUAAUAUCUUGCAUCACAGAUCCGUUGACCUAUAAUGUUUGGACGAUCCUGCUGAAAGUAUCGACAUUUCCCAGACAAUACGCAAGCCCGAAGGAAGUCAGCGAUCUCUAAGGAACACCUGAAAGUAUUUAGAACGUCUGUUGAAUGUCUCUUUCAGGUUUUUGUUUUGGACUUUCCUGGCCACUUGAGUUCUCGUGAAAACGUAUAAUCUCAUCAAAUAAUAUAGUGAUAAACGGGGAAGAAAUAACGAGAGUCUCCUGCCACUAUCUAGUCGUAAAUUUUCGCUGCAUGGACACGAAAACACAAAUUGUUUAUUCGGAAUCGUUAUUUAAUUUCAAUGAGAGCUUUAAUGUGACAGAGCAUUCAAAAAUGCACGAGAUAAAUCACUUCAACUACCUGUCACAGGCAGACUAUUCGAUGGAUGUACAAGUCAUUUUAACCUUUGAACAUAAAUUGCCGAAAUACAAUGUAUGAUAAUUCUCUGAAAUUAUCUCGAUAAACUUGUAGAUUGUUUUGUUUGACCGAGAUUAAUUAUAAUAUCUUACAUUUGAGCGACGAUACACUUCGCCUUAGUCACUGAAUCUGAGAAAACUGAAUACACAAUUGACAAAGACAAAUCGCGAAAUUUUGCUGACGAAAGAACGAGAACGUUAAUUGUCUAUUCCUGUUUUGGUACUAUCAGAACAUCGUGCGAUCCGUCUUUUCUGACAUGAGCAGUUACUCAUUCUACGCAAGAAAGCGACUCUUUGAUACACGAUAUCGUUGAUCUCGCGAUAGAUAGUGCAAAUUUUCCAUCAAGUGAAAUAUAUAAUAUUGAAAAUAGUACCCAAAGGCUUUGGAUAUUUAAACUCUGAGCUUUACACGUGAAAUUUUGAAUUAUAAUAUUUUUAUCUAUAUUUAAUCUAUCACGAGCAUGACUCGAAAGAAAAUAAUAUAGAAUUAAUUGAAACUCCAAUAUUAACGCAAUCAGCACAGAUGUCAAGCAAACAUUGUCAAGGGAUCUAAGAAAUUAAUUCUGCUCUUUUAGACAUCUUUCAAUUAUCUUUGAUAUAUCCAUAUAAAUAUUCAAAACGAAUAUAAUAGACAGUACGUACUUUUUUAUCACCGCUGAUUACAAUCUAUGAGAGAACACUAUCUUUUUUAUCAAUAAUGAAAAAUGGGAUGUUUCAAAUUUGCUUGUAAUUCGUGAAUAAUCGCUUAGCGAUUUAGAAAACGCCAAGCGUACAUCUCUAUGCAACUUCGAAAAUCGAUAGUGAGAUACGGAUCAUUCAUAAAUCAGAGUUUAAUAGCAAUACGCGGCUAAACAGACAAUGACGCGCACUCUUCGGACCUCGGUAACAGCCCGACACAAUGCGUUGAUUUAUGAUCGAGGCGAGUUAAUAUUUUUUUCUCAGCGGACAACGAUAUUCAUUGAUAUUAAUAAUAUCGGCCCACACGAUAGGCGCAAGUAUCUCUGCAAGAUUAAUCACUUUUAAUAAUAGACGAACAAUAGAGUGUCAUUGUCGUCACUCCUCGCGCUCGGAAAUGAAAAUUAUACUAUACUACAUGUAGGCAAUUUUGCUUUACAAAAUGAUUUCACAAUUUUAUAGCGGAUGGAUUUUGUAAUAAUCCAUCAAUGUUUUCUACAGAGUCUUUUCAUAAUUACGAUUACCAAUAUAUAUAUUCUACUAUUUUUAUCCUAUAAAAAGUUUAGAAAACAGUUUUAAUCCACUGGAAUGAGAGAAAUAAUACGUCUCCAGUAACGUCUGAUGAAAUAGAGCAUCCAAAAGACAGUUUUUUUUAUCUAACGAUAAUUGCUCUCUCGAGACGAAAAUUCGAGACAAAACGGCAAACGAUCUUGCCUCGUGUUCAUUAUCGAUGGAUGAUCGGGGUUCAUCAUGAAUUUCCUUCCGCGUCCUCCCGCCUUCAUUAUUCAUCGGAUGUUAUCGAAUUUGGAAGCAACCGUUUUUCCGUUUUCUUUAGCAUAAAUUUGCAUCGGCGUGGUUAGCCGGCUGGACAGGAUGGUUGCUAGAUAGCAUUAACAUGUAAUACACAUUGUAGCUUUCGAGCUACAAUUUAUCAUUGAUCAGACCGCGGACAGUUGGUAUCGAGCAUGUAAAAAAGCUCUAUUGCAUUGCGUACCGCGCGGACUGCAUGCAAAAAGGUUUCGCCGAUUCGCAAUUUAUCGAUGUGUGCGUUGCUUCGCGCACGAAUAAUCCGUUUAUGUGAUUGUUCAGAAGUAAAUCGUCCUUUUACACAAUAUUUCUUUAUCGAGUAAUUUUUAUGUAAAGUAAAUCAAGCGCGAAAUUUUUCUUUUUUUCUUUUUAAAUUGAAGUGAUUAUUUAUUUUUGGCGUAAAAUAUUAUUAUAUAUUUUUUUCCUCUGUUACUAAAGAAGAGCUUUGAAGUUUAUUUUUAAUUUCGAGAAAUAGUUGGAUUUCCUUUAUCUAAAUAUUCUCUGUCUAAUUUUCGACCCGAAGAAAGUGGAUAUGCCAAGAGAGGAAGGACUUCGCAGAAGGAAAUUCUAAAGCAAUUCCCGCGAAGUUAUACUGCCAGCGAGACAUGCUGUAUCAAAAGGAUGUAUAUGAGACUAAUCAGGAUAUAUUAUCCGCAACUGCCAUUCUCUUUGGAAACCUUCUUCUCAGUAUUGCGAAAGUAUUACGAUAGUACAAUGAAUAAUCAACCGAGCAUCAAUCCUUGCUAUACGAUUUUUGACCCUGGACCAAACGUGUUCUUCUCCUCGCGAGAGGCAAUGAUUAUUCGUUAAUUACAAAUAAAUUUUUAAACAAAAUUUUGAUCGCUACGUUCGCUUUGUGAGACGAAACGAGACGUCGGUUUCACGUCAAACGGGGCUUUUGAUAACAAAUAUCGUAAGAAAUCACGCGUAGGUAGGUAGGUCAAGGCAUAUAAUCAAUGUCAACUCGUGACAAUAUACACUAGGAAUUCAAUGCCUUCUGAAAUGCCUUCCAAAUGCGGUGUUUGACACACCGAAUUGUAUACAAAGAGGAACCGAAAGACGACGAAGUUAAUGUUCUCGUCGGUUCCUUGCGCCGUAUUGGCGCGACUUCGUCGCUUUCCUUCGCACGAAUUUGACUCUUCAAGGUGCGACACGUGCACCUGCUUUCUCAAAGUUUCAAAUGAAAUGCAAAUGUGUUACACAAUUAUAUGAUAUUUCUUAAUGUGAUUUAUUUAUUUUCACGUUAAUGAAUAUAUAAAAUAGCAAUCUCAAAUUAAUAAAGUCUCGAAAUUAUGAAUUUUACUUGCUUAUAUAUGUCGUAGCCAGUUUACACAAUUUUUUUUUAUAAAACGUUAACAAGCGAUCCGCCACAUUGUCAAUCGCAACGACUUGCAUAUCGUUUUAGAUUCUGGCUGGUUCAUUUCAAUCGUUUUAUGAACACUGCGUUUUAUUAAUUUUACUUUAUGUUAUAUUUGGUAAAAUAGUCAUAUAAAUGUUUUUUUUUUUUUUUUAUUUUUUUACGUUUAUAUUUCUUUUUAUUUGUUUUUGAACAUUAUUUUUAAGAUUUUAUUUAUAUUACUUUUACAAAACUUUAAUUGUGAAAAAUACAACAAGUAUUCAUAAACACAAUAAGUAAUAAAUACAACAAAUGUUCAUACAAGCUUUUUCUCAUUUAGAAACAUGUAAUAACUUAUUAAUAUUAUAACAUAAUUACUUUUCUAUAAAUGAAAUUUUCUAUUAAUUUUCUAUAAAUGGUUGUUUGACAAAGACAGUUCAUAAAAUGACUGAAACGAAUCAGCCAGAAUCUAAAAUAAUAGUAUAUAUAAAUCAUUGCGUUUGUGAAUGGUCAUUUGUUAGCGUUUUAUAAAAAGACUAAAAUUCCUAGCCAAAUUGUAAAAUAUUUCACUUUCAACCAUGAUUUGAGAAUGCAGCCGCACUUUAUAAAAUGCUUAGACGUUCUAUAAAAGGACGGAUUAUGUAAUUUGACUACGACAUGUAUAUAUAGUGUUAGCAAUUAAAAAAGAUUAAUGACUCUUCACGACAAUUUCAUCACUGUUCCUUGCCUCAAAUUAACGUCUGCAUUUAAAAAUGCCAACGAGUUGAUUUGUGUUGACGUGAUGGAUUUCAUCAUGUGAUCGAGAAAAAAAUGGAAAACAAAAUUUUCAAUGAUGAUUCGUUUAUUUCCGCACAAAUAUAUCGCAGCGCAAAGAUUUAUUUAGGAUCAUUUUACAUCGUUAUCGAGACAAUGCAUUUCAUUUCGUAUGAUGCAUAUAACGAAGAACAAUGACGCUUUUUAAUCGCAUUGAAUUGUGAUUGUCAUCAUCGGAAAGAGAAACCAAUAUAUAUAUAUAUAUAU